AGAAUACGUUCAUAACUAGUGUUCACGUUUUGAUAUCAUUUUAUUACAGUGAUUUUCGCGAAAAAAAUUCUUAUUAAAACGUAUAUAUUUUUGAACGUAAAAUUUAUUUGAAAUAUCCAAUUGAUAAAAUAAAUUUUUAAACGAUGGUUGCCAAAACUUCUGGACCUCAAUUAGAGCAACGAAUUCAGUGUAUAAAAUUUAUUAUUUUCUGCUUGAAUGCCAUCAUAUGGUUACUUGGGAGUUCAAUGUUUGGAUUAUGCAUGUGGUUAAGGUUGGAUCCAAAUUUUCAAGAAUGGGUCAAUUUUCUCGAGAUAUAUGAAUUUUAUAUCGGCAUUUAUAUCUUACUUGCGGCUUCGAUAUUUAUCGUAAUUAUCACAUUCAUUGGCUGUGGAGUUGCUCUUAUGGAACAUAUUCUUGGUCUCUACAUUUAUGCAGGAUUGCAAUUAUUUUCCUAUAUCCUCGGCUUGGUAGGAACUUCAAUUCUUCUCGAUUAUUCAACCUACGACAGUAAAAUUCAACCUCUUAUACGACGAUCUAUGACAGCUCUCAUUAAUAAUUAUCAAGACCCAAAAGCAACGUAUAUUCUACAAUUGAUUCAAGAAAGCAUCGGUUGUUGCGGUGCCGACGGUCCGAUGGAUUAUUUAACUUUGAAAAAACCAUUGCCCACUGAAUGUAGGAAUACGGUUACUGGAAAUGCUUUCUUUUAUGGAUGCGUCGAAGAAAUUUCAUGGUUUUUGGAAGGAAGAUCGGGUUGGUUGGCUGGUUUAGCAUUGGCUCUAUGCAUGCUCCAUAUAAUAAUAACAGCCCUUACUCUAACAUUGGUCCGAGCUAUUAAAAAAGAAGAACAAUAUAUCACAUUUAAACGUUAAUUUAUGGUAAUUUAAUGGUAAUUUUCAUUUUCAUUACAUCACAUUUCAUAGUAACGUGUAUUAAUGUAAUCCAUUCAUGAAAUGAAUGGAAACCUAUAAAGGAAAAAAAAAAAAAAAUAGACUGACGAAUUGUAACAAAUUUAAAACAUUUUUUCCGAGAAAUAUGCGGAAUAGGUAUAAUAUACAAGAUAUUCCAUUUGAAAUUUUUGCAAUUAUCUAUCAAAUUUUUAAUAGUAAAACUUAUUUUGUUUCAACAUAAUUUGAUAUAAUCUAUUUUUAAAUCACAUAGAGGUACGAAGCUUAAUUUUAAUUUUAAUUUUGUUAAUUUUUUUUUUAUUUUAAAUCAUAUUUUAAUUCGAAUUUAAAUUUCACUCGAAACAUUUUUGAAAUAACGAAUAAUUACGAUAGAUAAUUGAGUCCAAAAUUUCGAACGGAUGGAAAUUAUAUAGAAUAUUUUUUUUAACGCAAUUUAUAUUUUUAUUUUUACACAUAUAGAAUGUUCCAAAAAUAUGAAGGCCAGAUAAGUGAAGAUUCUCGAGAUAAUUUCAACGAAUAAUAUUUUCCUCUGCAAAAAUUUUGCAUAUUGGCCAAUCGUGCGUCGAUUAAUUAAGUUGCUACGAUAAUAUAAGAAUAUUUGCCACGAACAAAUCCAACAAACAAUGUAUCGAGGAAAAUUGUUGAAUUAUUGAUGAAUUAUUCAAAAUGAAUAAUUACUUUUCUAACAAACGAAUGAUAAAUAAUAUUUACAAUAAUUACAAUAUAUAGAAGAUAUUCAUUCGAAUAAGGAGAAUAGGAAGAGAAAAAACGACAAGGAGAAUUGAUAAAGAAGGGAAAAACAAAGUUUUUUGCAAAGGAAAAUGUUGCUUGAAAUUACUUCAGGAAUUUUCAGUUAACCAAUGUUCCAAUCACAUUUUACACCUAAUAUAAUAAAUAUUCUAUCAACUAGUGUUUUUAAAUGAAUAUAAAAUAUAAAAAUAGAAUUUCAUAUUGUUUAAAAUGACUAUUAAUUAAUUAAAUAUAUUCUAGUUUUUGAUAAAGUAAAA